AUGGGUGGCUCAUUCUCCAAGGUUAUGGGCAAGAUCUUCGGAUCCAAGGAGAUGCGCCUGCUGAUGCUGGGCCUCGACGCUGCCGGCAAGACCACCAUUCUCUAUAAGCUCAAGCUCGGCCAGGACGUCACCACCAUUCCUACUGUCGGUUUCAACGUCGAGACUGUCACCUAUAAGAAUGUCAAGUUCAACGUCUGGGACGUUGGUGGCCAGGACAAGAUCCGUCCUCUGUGGCGCCAUUACUUUAGCGGUACUCAGGGUUUGAUCUUCGUCAUUGACUCUUCGGAUCGCGCCCGCAUGGACGAGGCCCGACAGGAACUCCACCGCAUUAUCAACGAUCGCGAAAUGAAGGACAGCUUGUUGCUCGUCUUUGCCAACAAGCAAGAUCUUCCUGAUGCUCUCAAGCCCCAAGAGGUGACCGAGGCCCUCCAACUCUCUAAGCUCAAGGACAAGGUCUGGUACGUUGUGCCCUCGUGCGCCACCACUGGCGAGGGUCUUCUCGAAGGUCUUGCAUGGCUCUCCAACAACGUCAAGGCCCCUCCUGCGCCUGCUAAGAAAUAA